AUGGAAGGUGCACCAAGAGGGCGUGGUAGAGGGCGCGGACGUGGCCGUGGGCGCGGUAGGGGAUUUGUACCCGAAGAGCCUAUUCCACAAGUAGCACCAAAUCGCACAGCCGAGGAAAAGUUUCGCAAGGAAAAACCUCCAACGUUUGAUGGAUUGGGCGAACCUGCGGAUGCCGAGAAAUGGGUUAGGGCAAUAGAACGGAUCUUCAACUACAUCCGUUGUGAUGAUGAGGAGAAAGUGGCAUGUGCAACUUAUCAGUUGGUGGACGAAGCUGACUUUUGGUGGGAGUCAGUAAGGCGGACUAUGACUGACGAACAGUGGGAGAAUUUCACAUGGGAAGAAUUCAAGGCUGAAUUGUAUGAGAAAUAUAUACCAGGAUGUUACCGACAGAAGAAACAGAAUGAGUUUUGGAAUCUGAGACAGAAAACGGGAACUGUGACUGAGUACGACAGGGCCUUCAAUCAGCUAUCAAGAUAUGCUCCGACGUUGGUGGACAGUGAUGAGAAACGCGCAGAGAAGUUCAGAAACGGACUGCGUCACGAGAUAGCGAUUUCCCUAGCAAGUCAAGGGGGUCUCACAUACGCGCAGACAUUGAGCAGAGCCCUCACUAUUGAGUCAUUGUUGCCAAGGGAAAAAGGAAAAUCCCCCGAACAGUCUGGAUUUGUACCAUCUCAAGAUGGUAGUAAGGGAAAGCGAAAAUGGAAUGAAGGAACUGGUGGAAACAUUGGAAAUGGGAAGAAACCAUGGGUGGCGAAUCAAAAUCGGAACCAACAUCAGAAUCCACAACCUCAAGCAAUGGUUCAAACUCCUUGCCCAAAAUGUCAAAAACUCCAUCCGGGAGAAUGUCUGAAAGGAAUGAACGUCUGCUAUAACUGCGGAGAGGCCGGGCAUUAUGUCUCGAAUUGCCCAAAGAAGGGAAGUGGAGCACCCCAACAACAAAAUCCCGGGAACCAACAGCGACAAAACCAAGGUCCUAGAGGAAAUCAGGGGCAACCACAAUACGCUAGGGCCUAUGCCAUUAACCAACACCAAGCAGCAGGAGAUCACGGAAACGUGGCAGGAAAGGACGAGACAACCUUCCACGACAUAACGACGUACCAGAUUUUGAGGAAAAUUUUCUAG